CUGGAAUCGAGCUGAAGUGCUUUUAUUGAAUAAACUGGACAACAUAUAGAAAAUGGAAAACUACGAUUGGGAACAUAUAACGCCUUUGCCAUUAGAUGAAGAAGGUAUCCAAGUAUCACAGAUCUUGUAUACUGAAGAAUACCGUUCUGUAAUGGGGUUGUUGAGAGCUCUACAGACAAAUGAAGAGUAUUCAGAUAGAGCGUUAUUCAUCACCCAAGAAGCCAUCAGAUUAAAUGCUGCUCAUUAUACAGUAUGGCAAUACAGAUAUCAUAACAUCAUCAAUUUGAAAAAAGAUAUAAAUAAAGAACUUGACUGGGUUGAAGAAAUUGCCAUUGAGAAUACAAAGAACUACCAAAUAUGGAAUUAUCGCCAAUUACUUUUGCAAGCUCAAGAAAAUCCAGAUCCAAAACGAGAAUUCCCAUUAAUUGAAGUGAUGCUUGAUGAAGAUUCCAAAAAUUAUCAUGUUUGGUCACAUCGUAAAUGGUUGGUUAAAUUUUUCAAUAAAUUUGACGAAGAAUUAACAUUUGUUGAUCAAUUUAUUGAAAAAGAUGUCUACAAUAAUUCUGCUUGGUCACAUAGAUAUUUUGCAAUCUUUGGUGAUGCUCAAAUAAACAAAAAAACUAUAACCAAUGACAUAUUUGAAAAAGAGCUGGAAUAUACCAAGGAUAAAAUAUCGAUAGCACCACAAAAUGUUAGUUCUUGGAAUUACCUCAUAGCUUUAUUUGAAGUGACUGGUAAUAAUUUAUCCCAAUUAGAAGAAUUUGCUAAAUCAUAUGCCAAUGUCUUGUCAAAUGAUGCUGAUGUUGAGAAAAUCAAAUCAGUUCCAGCCUUAGAAGCUUUAGUCAAGAUUUACACCAAAUCUAAUCCUGAAUUGGCAACAAAAGGUUAUGAUUUACUCGCAACCAAGUAUGACACAAUCAGAAAAAACUACUGGGAAUAUAAGAAAAAAUCAAACAGUGUAUAA